CAUCCUUGUAAAGGAUAGUUGACAGAUGCCUGGCGCAGGCCCAUUUGUUUAUAACGUUUUUGUAUUUAUGUUUCUCAGUUUCUCCAAAGUCUCCAGUUUCGCAUUUUCUCGUAUUUUUUCAUUUCACCGAAGUUCUGAGGCUGUGUUCUUGUUGAACAGAACUUUAUUUAUUAAUAUGCCACCAAAAAGAAAAUUAGCCGCAGCCGCAACUACUUCAAGUCUUGCUUCAGGAUCAGAAGGACAAGUUAAAAAGAGAGGAAGGCCAGCCAAAGAAGAAAAGGUAGAAGCGAAUGGCAAAGAAGAUAAGGUAGAAGAGAAUGGCAAAGUAGAGGAUGAAAAGCAGAAUGGAGUUCGUGCAUUAAGAGCACGUUCUGGUAGGACAAAUAAAACAACAACACAACAAGCUUCUGUUAAACCAGAAGUUAAUGGACACAUAGAUGAUGACAAUGUAACUAAGGUUUCCAAAGGAAGGGGAAAGAAAGCAAAAGGGAACAAAGAAAUCAGUGAAGCCACACCUAUAAAAACCAAACGUGCCCCCAGGAAGAAUGCAACAAAAAAAGAAGAAUCUAAAAAACCUGAAAAAUCCACAAAGAAAAUUAAGAAAGCGGCUGCUGAUUCUUCUUCUGAAGCUGAUCCACCCAAGAAGUCAAAGAAACCCAGGAGUGCAAAGUCAAAAGAGGAAAUAGUCGACGUUGAAGAAAAUAAUGAUGAGGAACCGCCGGUGAAAAAGACUAAAGUCCUCUUAAACAAAACUACCACCGAUUGGAAUUCGAUAGAUUUUUCUUGUUCCAUGAAAAAUAAAUAUGAUGUUUCCUACAAUGUAAUUAUAAGUACUUGGAAUAUUGGAGGCCUCAAAAGCUGGGCAAGCAAGGGUUGCAUGGAGUAUCUCAACCAUGAAAGUCCGGACAUAUUCUGUGUACAGGAAACCAAAUGCAAUGAAUCUAAGCUACCCGAAGAGAUAAAGAACAAGAAACUUUACAAACAGUAUUGGUGUUCCAGUGAGAAAGAGGGUUAUGCUGGAGUAGGAAUAUUUACCGUGAAAGAACCCAAAAGUGUCACCUAUGGUAUCGAGGAUGACGAGCAAGAUGAAGAUGGUAGAUGUAUCACUGCCGAGUAUGACACGUUUUACUUGGUUAAUGUAUAUGUUCCUAAUGCAGGACGAAAAUUGGUUACGCUGGACAAAAGACUGAGGUGGAACGAUUCCUUUAAAAAUUAUAUCUUGAAACUUGACGAGAAGAAGCCAGUUAUAAUUUGUGGUGACAUGAAUGUCUCUCAUCAGGAAAUAGACUUAGCGAGACCUAAAAACAACACCAAAAACGCUGGAUUUACUCCUCAAGAAAGGGAUGGUAUGACAGACUUCCUAAAGGCAGGAUUUAUUGACGUAUAUAGACAUAUGUAUCCAGAAGAGAAAGAUGUUUAUUCUUUCUGGACCUACAUGUCGAAUGCUAGAUCAAAGAAUAUUGGAUGGCGGCUAGACUACUUUUUAGUUUCCGAAAAACUGAUGAAGGGGGUCUGUGAUGUUAAAUAUAGAACAGAAGUAUUAGGGUCCGAUCACUGCCCUGUAACACUUUUCAUCAAUGCAUAAAUUCACCUUGGACCAUUCUGCCAAUUGGAUGCUCUUUAAAAGAUCAUUUUUAACGUAAUAUUGCGUGUUACAUACACAGUAAAAGAUCUUUAUUAGCUGUAGAUUAUGUUGUAUAAAAAAUGUAAAGCUAAUCAAACUUUUUUUCAGUAUUAACCCGCGAGCAAUCGCGCCGUUAGAAAAAAUCUAACAUUUUAUCCUUUUCCGUGAUAAUUUGAUGAAAAAUUUUGCUUUCUACUCGUAAAUGCCUCGAAGAAGAUUGUAUUAAUGCGUGGGAGUUUUUAAAAAAAAUUUAAAUUCUUUUUUAUUUUCUUUUUAUUUAUUUAUUUUUUUGUGUGGAAUUUAUGGCUUUGGUGAGAACCAAUUAGCUUUAACACUAGAAAGCCGGAGGGGCCAAUUUGGCCCCUGUUGCGAUUUAAAGUUAUUGUAGUUUUUUUAUUUGAGGCAAUAAUAUUUUCAUAUUUUAUGACUUUUAAUAUUUUGAUACAAAGCCUUAUUUAAAACAAAAAAAUAUUGUUUACUAAAUUUAUUUAAUGGUUUUUUAAACAAAUCUACCAUAGAAGUCUAAAGGGGCCAAAUUGGCCCCGUGUAAGUUAUUAUCGUUUUCUGGUAAAUUCGACGAUCCUUUCUUUCAAAUUCCUGUCGAAUGGGUAAAAUUAUAUUUAUGUAUGUUUAUUGUAAAUGGUUACUCUUAUACUGGUACUGAUCAUCUAGGUAAUAAAGAUACAAUUGUUGGCGAACACAAGUGAACACAAAGAUGCAAUUGUUGGUGUAGAGGACCAAAUGACGCGUCUUUAUACUACAAAAGCAACUUCAAGACGAUGUCCUAUGUACGUGUUUUAUCAUACUCUUGACUUGGAAGCAAUAAAUGCAUGGAUUAUUUAUAAAGAAAUAACUGGAAGUAGACUCAGUCUCCGUAAGUUUAUUCUUCGGCUGUGUGAAGAAUUAUGGGCCCCAUACCUUGUCUCCCGAAAUCUGGAACUACGUCUAGCAACACCAGGUCUACCAACAACUAUCACUGUUACUAUCCAAAAACGAAAAAAAUAUCAGUUGAAAAUAUUUUGUAAAGGAAAUCAUACUUCAAAUCAUUGCCACGGUUGUAACAAGGCAAUGUGUGGCAAAUAUCAAAAACUGCAAAUUGUAUGGUGUUCCGAAUGUUUUUGAUUGGCAGCGAAUGUGUUAAACAAUAAAAGUAAAAAAUAAAAUUAGAUUCUACCGUCUAGAGUUGAUUUAAUUUCUUUAAACUGAGUUUUAAUUGAUUAAAGAACGUGGGGCCAAAAUGAUCCCUUCCGGCUUUCUAGGUAGGUAUGCUAAGCCAGACAUUCUAGUGUUAAAAUUGUUAGAAAUAGAUAUUUUUAACAUAACAACUAAAUAAAAAUAUUAUAAAAUAGAAAGGGCCUAACCGGGUAAGAUGAUGAAAAGUGCCCCCAACUCUCGAAUUCCAUAUAGGUCGCCGUUUAGCAUAUAUAGUGAAACUAACUUUCUGAAAUUUGUAGCCCCCUAGGUGGUCAUGUGACCCACCUAGAGCCAUAUUAGGGCUUUUAUGUUUUUAUUUUUUAUCUCAGCCGCAUCGAGAACUAGCGAAAAACUUUAAAUAAAAAAGUUGUAAGCUUUAAAAGUUCUGUCCGAAAAAAAUUUUUUUAAUGUUUGGCGGGAAAUUAAAAUUUUAGAACAAUUUAGAAAUUUUAAAUGAGUAUAAAAAAAUAACUAAUAUAUUCGUUUUCACGAAAAAAUAUAUAACCUGUAUUUUUGCAUAAUAUUUCACCCUGAAUUUUAUCAAAUUUUUAAAAUUGGCGAAACGCACCUUUAAAAAUAAGAAACCGCAUUUUUUCGGUUUUUUUUUUCGUUUUUUGAUACAAUUUUAUACAUGUUUUUCAAAAAAGGUAACACCGUCACUAGAAUAGGUAAAAAACUGAAAAAUAAUUGGGGUUUGCUUAAUAAAAAUUUUUUGUAAUACCAUCCAUUUUCAAGAUACAAGGAAUUGAAGAAAAUACAAAUUUUUUGUAAUACCAUCCAUUUUCAAGAUACAAGGAAUUGAAGAAAAUACAAGGAAUUGAAGAAAACAAAAUUUUACACAUUUUUUACGAUUUUGCUGAAACUACUGGCAACAUUGUAAUACAAUUUGGCGAGUUUUAAGAGGUAGUUGUUGUGCAUUUUUUUUACAUACAAUUAAGAAUUUUAUAUUUAUCAUUGGCGCGCAUAGGGGUAAUGGUCUGAACUUUUUAAAGAAAAAAGAUAGUACGCCACUGACAUAUUUCAAAUUGACAAUCGUUUUUGAAUCCCUCGUUAAAUUUGUGACAAAAAAUCUAUCUUCCUAUUUUUCAUGCGACGCGCCAUUUUUAUUCAAAAAAUAAUACAUCUUAACCCUUACAAAGUAUUCGAACUUCUAUGAAAUAAAAUACUACUAUUAGUAGUUUUUACAUCUACAUAAACUCGUACAUCCAUUAUAAAAGCUAAUUCGAAUACUUUGGAAGCGUUAAGAUAUUUUAUUUUUUGCAGCAAAACGGCGCCUCGUAUGAAAAAAUGAGAAGAUAGUUUUUUUAUCGCAAAUUGAACGAGGGAUUCAAAAAUGAUUGUUAAUUUGAAAUAUGUCGGUGCCGUACUAUCUUUCUUUCUUUGAAAAGUUCAGACCAUUACCCCUAAGCGCGCCAAUGAUGAAUAUCAAAUCCUUAAUUGUGUGUCAAAACAUGCACAAUAACUACCUCUUAAAACCCGCCAAGUUUUAUUACAAUGUUGCCAGUAGUUUCGGCAAAAUCGUAAAAAAUGUGUAAAAUUUUGUUUUCUUCAACGCCCUGUAUCUUGAAAAUGGAUGGCGUUAUAAAAAAAUUUUUAUUAAGCAAACUCCAAUUAUUUUUCAGUUUUUUACCUAUUCCAGUGACGGUGUUACCUUUUUUGAAAAACAUGUAUAAAAUUGUAUCAAAAACCAAAAAAAAAACGAAAAAUGCGGUUUUUUAUUUUUAUAAGUGCGUUUCACCAAUUUUAAAAAUUUGAAAAAAUUCAGGGUGAAACAUUAUGCAAAAAUACACGUUAUAUAUUUUUUUCGUGAAAACGAAUGUCUUAGUUAUUUUUUUAUACUCAUUUAAAAUUUUAAAAUCGUUCUAAAAUUCAAAUUUCCCGCCAAAAAUUAAAAAAAAAUUUUCGGACAGAAAGUUUUUCGCUAGUUCUCGAUGCGGCUGAGAUAAAAAAUAAAAACUCUAAUUAGGCUCUAGGUGGGUCACAUGACCAUCUAGGGGGCUAAAAAUUUCAAAAAGUUAGUUUCACUAUAUAUGCUAAACGGUGACCUAUAUGGAAUUCGAAUCGAGUUAUGGGGAGUUAACCGGUUAGGCCAUUUGUUUUAAAUUGGUAUUUAAAUUCGUAUUGUUUGAUUUUUUUUCUCUACGUGCGACUGCUUACGUGAAAUAAGUGAGCGCGACUGCUCCCGGGUUAAGGGGUGUGCAUUUUAUGUAACUAGACAAACAUCUAGUAUUUCAUACCCUUCUAUUUUCUAGCAGGGAAUACUACACAUGAAUUUUCCUUCUGUAUGCUAUAUGAACAUUUUCUCUAAUAUAUAGUGUCUACUUUUCUUGGAAUCAGAGUAACAACUUAUAGUUUUAUAACUAAAAACCCCUGAAAACUUUUAUAUUGUUUAUUUUAAUAAGUUACAGGGGUCAAAAAAAAUUUAGUGAUUUUUAAUUUCAAAUAUUUCAUUCAAAUGAAACAUUUUGUUUAUUGUAAGGGACUUUUGGCCCUCGGUAAUAAUGUAAUCUUUCAUUUUCUGUUUAAAUUUUUCAAAAACACUUAUUAGUUUUCUCAGGAUUCGAAAAAAAUGAAUGCAUUUAAAUAGCAUUUGACCAAGAUUUUGCUCCUACACCCCUAAUUCAGUUAGCCUCAUAUAUUUUGAUUUGGUAUUGGCAGAUUACUGAAAAAUAUUUAAGUAUUCUUGAAAUAUAAUAAGUAUAUAAGAUACUGCUAAUGUUGGAUUCGCGAAUGCAUUAUGUGCAAAUAUUAAGACUGGAACAGCGGAAGCUUGAAUAAAGAUCUUUUACUGUGUGCAUGAUGUAAAACGGUUGUUUUUAUCCUGUUGCUAAGACUAUCAACUUUAAAAGUUGUACCAAUACAUGACGCUUAAAAGUCUAUUGGUUAUAUUUUUUUGCUCUACAGUUGUAAUAUAUUUAGAGUGUUCUUUCUGUGAAGUAUUCUAAUAGCAGCAGGAAAGUAAACAGCCGUUCUGUUUAGAUCUGAAAACCUUUUCCAUAGGGCUUCUCAUUUGUUUCGGGCACUUGUCAUAUAAUAUUAAAGUACAUAAAGGACUUAGAGGUACUUAAGUAAAGUAAUUAGGUAAAGUACUUAAAGGAGGUUAUUAAAGAACUUGAAAGUCAAAGACGUAUGACUUAAAUAUAUUAAUAUUAUAUGACAUAUGACAAGUGCCCAAAACAAAUGAGAAGCGUUGAGUAGUCCUAUUCCGUUUGCUCAUCCCAAGUGACAGGUACAGUAGUAAUUUCGUUUUUAUUGUGUAAAUGUUGUCAUUAGUUGAGAGUGGCUAUACAACCGAAGUUCCACGUGCUAAAGGCACGUAUCCACUAUGUUCGCGCUCCUGCAACUGCUCCACAUUGUAGAUACGUUGGCGCUCCCGGACCGUGCAACAGUGCGCGCUCCGUCACAGUGCUCCAAUCGGUGGCGGUUUAUAUGUAGAGGAGCGCAUGCCGUAUCGAGUGGAUAAGUUGAAGCGAGCGCUGAGCGCAAGAGGUUCGCGAACAUAGUGGAUACGUACCUUUACAGUAAUACACCACAACCGUUCAGCGCUCAUUUCAAUUUUUACUUAUAAUAGCCAAAAAAUACAGAAGAGUCUUGAAAUUAACAUAUUGCACAAUAAAAUUGUAUCGCAAAGGUAUCGUGCAGUAUAUAUAUCAGAUUCAGGACACGAAAAAGUGAUGGAGCGGUUCCGCAACUGUUGAGAAUUCAUUCUCUGAAUGUGGCGCUACUUGCGGAACGUGUUACGGAACGGUCGCCAUGACAGUGAGAUCAUUUUAAUUCCGCUACCUGCGUCCAAUGUAUGCUACUUUUGUGAAUUUGUCAAUAGCCUUGUUGAAAGAUGGCGUCCCGUCCAGUACUAAUUGAGGCGCUCGGAGCAACAGUGGCCUAACCCUACAAACGCAUUUUUAUGAUAAAUGCGUCUUUGCAUUCGUAUUUACAUUGUACUUAUUAUGCUACAAAUUAUGUAGCGUCAUUUAGCCAAAUCUAGAGGUAGGUUGUGUAGACCUUGUAACGGGUAGCUCUUUUAUGACGACAGACUCAGUAAAACACAGGUUAAAAAUAAAGUAAAUAUAUUUAAGAUAAUUAUAUAUAGUUAAAAUAAAUAAAGUAAAAUAUAAUUUUAUCUUCUGCAAAGGAAAAACAAUAUUAUUAUACAGUCACUCGUUCCUCGCUACUACCGCCCACUGCGAUAACGGUCAUUGCAAGACUCCAGGUCACUACUGUGGCGUCCACCUAGGCAUAGUUCCACCUCACAUACGGUGCAUCUCUACCAAUCGAGCUAUUGCUAGUUCAACACGCUAGCAACAACUGAUUUUCUCAUUCUCUUGGCUCGUCUUAAAUAUGCUCUCGAUGCCCUCUCCUUCGGUUUCCCCCAGCGGUGAUAUGAAGAAGGAAUGCGCCAACACGGACACUCCUACGGUCGUCUCUGGUAGAUCAGCUCAUCACUUGCCGUGGCUCAUAUCCAUAGAUAAGGGGGUUCGUUACAAUCUUUGUUAAUAGAAAGAUUUAAUGUUGCUGCUGUUAUUGAUAUAUUAAUCUAAAAAUGCUUAAUUUGUGGGUUAGGCCACUGUUGCUCUGAGCGCCUCAAUUAUCGAUUGAAAAUAGCGCAGACGGUAAACAAUCCAUGGUCUUUGACCAUGAUUAUGAAGUAACAUAGUUAUUUAUGUACCAAGUCAGUAAAGUGACUCUUUAUCGAACGAGUCUGAUAUUACGAGCGUAGCGAGCGAGGUGAGUAACAGAGAGUUCGAUAAAGAGUUUUUACUGACGUGGUGCAUACAAAAUUUUAUCGCUAACAUAAUUUGAUAUUGGUUUUAACAAUUACAAUUUACAAUUAAAGAACGUUUUAAAUUUUUGACGUAAUAAAAAUUUCAUGACAGUGAUGACAGAUGACUUGGCCGCUUUCGAUUUUUAAUCGAUAGUUAUCAAUAUUGAAUAAUUACUAAAUCGGCAAAGUUUUGGUUUAUUUUAUAUGAAUGUAAUUACAAAAUACUAAGAAUUUCACUUUUUGACAUAAAUUUAAUUAAAUAUAUCGUAAAUUUUAUACAAUAUUUUUAAUUAUUAAAGUAAACAACUGUUAAGUUCACUCAAAUCAAUAAUCGAUUACUGCCAUCGACCACUUACAUUCAAUCUCGGUUAAUUUGAUUAAUAAUCGCGGCAGGUAAAGUAAAAUUCUUCUUUCAAUACAAUAAAGUGUUACUUUACUGCCGCAAAUGGCGUCAAAUGAGUACAAUAAUGAAUGACUUUAGUGACAGUUGGCGAUAAAACAAUUUAGUGCACAGAUAAGUAUAUGGUUAAAGCGUUGUCCCUACAUGCUGAGCGAACGCGGUUUUAGUUCCAUGGCAACGCUCAAUACAAACAAAACCUUGGCCGACACUGUGAGAUUUAAUUGUCAUAAUUUCUUCGCUUGUCAUUAAACGGCAUAAUAUUUAGCCAGCAUUUUAAUCUACCCCAAACGAGCAGAUACCUACACAGAAUAGUGUACUAGGUCUGCUCACCGUGGCUGUUCCAACCCAUUAAAAAGUCUACAGUCCGCUCUCCACCUCAAAAUAGAAAGGAACAGGGCCUCGAUUUUUGACCCUUCGCUUCGUUAUCGAACGUAUUCGCUUCGUAUACUAAACAGAUACGAAGCGAAUACGUUCGAUAACGAAGCGAAGGGUCAAAAAUCGAGGCCCAGCCCAUUUCAGUAUAUAACCUCACAUAUAACAGAAAGUGAUAGGCUGUCACGAAUUUACGGGGCGGAGCGUUCACAAGACUAAACACAACUGUUACCGCUCCAUCGGGAACUGCUCCCUCACUUUUUCAUCUCCUGAAUGCGACCAUUGACGACAGUAUUUGUUGUCAAAGAAAUGCGUAACAUGACGGUUUCGAUAACUGCCGUUUACAAUAAGACUGUUGUUAUUAUUCUAGCUCAAUGAUUAUGUUCCGAUCAGAUAUUCUUAACGCAUAUUAUGAUUUUUUGUUAUGAGUUUUAGUGAUAUUGAAAUGUAAAACAUCACGUGGGGGAGCGAAUCUUCUAUACUGUUUGUCUAUAUGAAGGGUACAUGGGAGGAAAGGGAAUAGUCCAUUGAAAAUUAAGAUUUAUUAACUUUCAUACAGAAGUAAAAACUUCCGUUUGUACAAUGGUAUAAAAAGUUUAUUAACAAAACUAUUAAAAAGUCAUCAAAAGGAUCCGCAACACGUUUUCGAUCUAGAUCAGAUUAUCUUCAGUGCGUUCUGCUUAGUAGAUGAAACUAGCAAGGGGGCAUCCAUAAACUACGUCGUAAAAAAAUUGGACUUUUUAAUACCCUCUCCCCCCCUCCGUCGUAAUUUGUCGUUUACAGACGAACACCCCCCCCCCCCAUGUCGACGUCGUCAUUGCAGUUCACGACCCCCCUUUCAGUGAUUUAAAAAAAUUCAAUGUUAUUCCUUUUUUUAAAUUAACCUUGAAACUUUAUUCGCGAAUGUAUCAUAACAAGAAGAAUUAAGGGGGUAGGCGCAAAAUCUUGGUCCAAUGCUAUUUAAAUGCAUUAUUUUUUCGAAUCCUGAGAAAACUAAUAAAUAUAUUUGAAAAAUAUAAACGCAGAAUGAAAGAUUACAUUAUUAUUACAUUAUUAAAGGUUUCUUUUGAAUGAAAUUUUUGAACUUAAAAAUCAGACUAAAUAUUCUCUUUUUUUAUCGCUGUAACUUAUUAAAAUAAACAUUAUAGAUGUUUUCAGAAACUUUUGGCCCUCGGUAAUAAUGUAAUCUCUCAAUCUGCGUUUAAAUUUUUCAAAAAAUUUUAUUAGUUUUCUGAGUAUUCGAAAAAAAUGAAUGCAUUUAAAUAGUAUUGGACCAAGAUUUUGCGUAUAAAUCUUCUCUAAGUAUAAAUACGACUUACUAACUAAAUAGAACACAAUAUUUUAUUUCCAUUCAUUCUUUCAGAACUAUUUUUUCACACACAGUAUGCAGCACAUAACUGAACUAACAAUUUAAUAUUGUUUGCUUCCAGGCGUUGUUCUGUAUAUAUAGAAGCUCUUGUUUAAACCCAAAGAACAAUGUCUUAUUGUUUGUUGUCCUGUACAAAAGUGCUACCUAAUAUUAUUUUAAGGCUGUGACUGAUAAAAACGAAAUGUAUGCGAUAAAAGUAUCUAUAAGAGAAUUCUUUUUAAUUUUAACAAAGGUGUAUUUAUUCGUAAACAUUUUGUUUUAUUUUUAAUGUCAUUUCAAAAACUAUACGUUUUUAUUUGAAUAUCUGAUACUUUAAUGCUGGUAAAAGCAAGUAAAAAAUUAUAUUUAUAGAGGCAAUAGCGACAAAUUUAAAUAUACCAAUAUAUUAAACGACGUCGAAUGUGCACUCAUACUCCCCCACCCCCCUGUCGUAUUUCGUCGAAAUAAGCAAGCCCCCCUCCCUCUUCUCAACGACGUAGUUUAUGGAUGUCCCCCAACUCUAUCAAAUAGGUGACAUCGAGAAAUCUGAUUUACAUGUUAAUAAUCUGAUGUUAGUAGGGACUCUAAGUCGAUGUUAAAAGAUAAAUUUGAUAGAUUUUUUAACUUCGACUUUAACAUCGUUAGUCGCUACUAACAUCAGAUUAUUAACAUGUAAAUCAUAUUUCUCGAUGUCACCUAUUUGAUAGGGUUGCUAGUUUCAUCUACUAAGCAGAACGCACUGAAGAUGAUCUGAUCUAGAUCGAAAACGUUUUGCGAAUCCUUUUGGAUGACUUUUUAAUAGUUUUUCAAUAAUAAACUUUUUAUACCAUUGUACAAACGAAAUGUUUAAUUCUGUAUGAUUUUUAAUUAUGGUAUACAGCCAGCUAUGUACUGGGAUUUUCCCAUUGAUUUUGUUUUUAUUUAUUAACUUAUUAUUAAGUCAAAAUAAUAUACCUAAUAUAAAGUCUUAAGUAAUUAUUAUCUUAUUAUUAUUUUUUAAAUUUGACUGACGAUUUUUCUUUAUAUUUGACUUUAUAAUAAGUUAAUAAAUCUGAAUUUUCAAUAUGUUCGAAAUAAAUCCAAAUGGAGUAUUGCCAUUCUUUUCCUGUACCCUUCGUAUGUUUAUGUAUGUCUGUAUACUAUGUUUAACUAGUUAUUAAGGAUUUUUUAUCCGACGUUCAUAUUUUUGUUAUAUGUAUUUUGUAGUUCAAAAUCCCCUGAAGAUUAUCUUUUAGAUCUGAUGUUGGAUUGUAUACUAUAUAUAUAUUAACUAAAUAUAUUUUUAGUAGAGCUAAAA